UGCUCUACCCCUCUCCACCUAUCUUAGCAACCAAAACCCAUUAGAUUUAGCCCUCUAAUCUCUGAGAAGUACUGUGAAAUUCAGAUUCCUCGUCUUCUAUAAUCUUUAUUUUUUCUUUCUAGAUUUUGAAUUAGAGAGGAGGAUCGAGCAGCAAGAUUAUAGUUACAUAGUAAGAUGCAAUCAAACGGUUCAGAUUCACUGCAGCAACAACAGGGAGGAGGACAGGAGCAGAAUCAGCGGCCCCAGCCGCAGUGGAUAGGGAUGCAGUAUCCCGCGGCGGCUGCUAUGGUAAUGCAGCAGGGCCACCAGAUGAUGCCGCCACAACAUUACGGACCGCCUCCACCACAGCACUACCAAAUGGCCUACCACCAGUACCGGCAUCAAUCCCAUCCACACCCACAACACCCGCACCCUCAGCAACAAGGAUCUAGCGGCGAGAAUAAGACUAUCUGGGUCGGGGAUUUGCAUCACUGGAUGGACGAGAGUUACCUCCAUAACUGCUUUGCUUCCACUGGGGAGAUUACCUCCAUUAAGCUUAUUCGCAAUAAGCAGACCGGUUUGUCUGAGGGAUAUGGAUUUGUGGAAUUUUUUACACAUGCUACAGCUGAGAAAGUUCUGCAGAGCUACACUGGCAUUUUGAUGCCAAAUACAGAGCAGCCAUUCCGUUUGAACUGGGCAACAUUUAGCACUGGUGAAAAGCGUUCAGAUAAUUGUCCUGAUGUCUCUAUAUUUGUAGGAGAUUUAGCUUCAGACGUUACUGAUAGUUUGUUGCAUGAGACUUUUGCCAGUAAAUAUCCAUCCGUUAAAGCUGCAAAAGUUGUCAUUGAUUCCGGUACUGGGCGUUCAAAAGGUUACGGUUUUGUGAGAUUUGGAGAUGACAAUGAAAGAACACAAGCCAUGACUGAAAUGAAUGGUGUAUAUUGUUCUAGCAGACCAAUGCGCAUUGGAGCUGCAACUCCCAGGAAAUCAUCUGGAUAUCAACAAGGUGGAUAUGCAUCAAAUGGUGGCUCGGCCCAAGGCACUCAAUCUGAUGGAGAUUCUACAAACUCGACUAUAUUUGUUGGAGGGCUGGACCCAAGUAUCACCGAUGAAGAUCUCAAGCAGUCGUUUUCUCAGUAUGGUGAGAUAAUCUCUGUUAAAAUACCAGUUGGAAAAGGGUGCGGGUUUGUACAAUUUGCCAGCAGAAAUAAUGCUGAGGAGGCAUUGCAGAAACUGAAUGGGACAGUCGUAGGCAAGCAAACAGUGCGUCUUUCUUGGGGUCGCAAUCCAGCUAAUAAGCAGUUUAGAGCAGACUAUGGCAAUCAGUGGGGUGGACCAUACUAUGGAGGGCCAGUUUAUGAUGGUUAUGGAUAUGCUUUGCCACCACCUCACGACCCAGGCAUGUAUGCAGCAGCCGCUGCAGCUUAUGGAACUUACCCUGUUUACGGCGGCCACCAGCAGCAAGUAAGCUGACUGAACUGCGCGAGAAUAUGUAGUUGUAGUGAUCAGACACUAUCAGACACUACCGUGCUAGAUGAGGCAAAUUUGCUCUACUUCUCUGUAGGGAAAGGUUUUGGUUCUAUAGUAUUCUUAUAAAUCCCUCCAUUUUGUGGAGCAGAACUGAAUUUUGAUGACUGAGGCAAUUUCUUAGAGUAUCUGAUGCAAACAUUCGAUUAGAAUUAAGGCAGUUGGAAAGAAACUAAAUUAUUGGAAUAGAUGAGGUUUGCUGACGCAUGGAGUAACAUGCUCCAUGAAUAAAAAGUUUGUUAUA